CAUUCAGAAUCUGUGGUGGUGAUCAGAUUCAUUCAGAGUCUGUGGAGGUGAUCAGAUUCAUUCAGAGUCUGUGGUGCAUCAGAUUCAUUCAGAGUCUGUGGUGGUGAUCAGAUUCAUUCAGAAUCUGUGGAGGUGAUCAGAUUCAUUCAGAGUCUGUGGAGGUGAUCAGAUUCAUUCAGAGUCUGUGGUGUUGAUCAGAUUCAUCAGUGGAGAUCAGACUGAUGUGACUGAAUGAUUCAUGGCUGAUUCACAAACAUUCAGAGAUGAAGAUGAUUCUCCAGGAGUCAGAUCAGACCAUCAGAAGAGAUCAGACUCAUCUCAGAUCAGCUGUUUGUCUAUGAAGAGUGAUGGAUCUAUGCAUAAACCAAUACAAUUUCAGGACAGAGAAACAUCACCUGGUCUGAGAAACCUGGAGAGCUCUGACAAACAUCUACAGCAGAAGAGAUCAGACUCAUCUGAGAUCAGCUGUGUGUCCAUGAAGAGUAAUCAGUCAAUAACAUUUCAGGACAGAGAAACAUCAACUGGUCUGAGUUAUCAUUGUCAUCAGAAAACAUUCAGAUCAAAUCUGAGGAAGAAGUUUGAGUGUUUGUAUGAGGUAACAUCAAAUAAGAGAAACCCAACACUACUGAAUGAGAUCUACACAGAGCUCUACAUCACAGAGAGUGAAAGUGGAGAGAUUAGUAAUGAACAUGAGGUGAGACAGAUUGAGACACAAUCCAGAAGAACAACAACAGAGGAGACACCAAUCAAAUGUAAUGACAUCUUUAAACCUUUACCUGAACAAGACAAACACAUCAGAAGUGUGCUGACAAAGGGAGUCGCUGGCAUUGGAAAAACAGUCUCUGUACAGAAGUUCAUUCUGGACUGGGCUGAAGAGAAAGAGAAUCAGGACGUCCACCUCAUAUUUCCACUUCCUUUCAGAGAGAUCAAUUUGAUGAAGAACAAAACACUCAGUCUUUUAGAUCUUCUUCAUCUUUUCUUCCCACAAACAAAAGAAAUGGAAAUCUCCAGUGAUGAAUAUAAAGUGUUGUUCAUCUUUGAUGGUUUGGAUGAGUGUCGUCUGUCUCUGGAUUUUCACAGCAGUGUGAGGUUGUGUGAUGUAAGUGAAUCAACCUCAGUGGACGUGAUGCUGACAAACCUCAUCAAGGGGAAUCUGUUUCCCUCUGCUCUCAUCUGGAUCACCUCCAGACCAGCAGCAGCUGAUCUCAUCCCCUCUGAGUGUGUUGAUCGAGUCACAGAGAUAAGAGGCUUCACUGAUCCACAGAAGGAGGAAUACUUCAGGAAGAGAAUAAGUGAUGAGAGUCUGUCUGAUCAAAUCAUCUCACACCUGAAGUCAUCCAGGAGUCUCUACAUCAUGUGUCACAUCCCAGUCUUCUGCUGGAUUUCAGUCACUGUUCUAGAGAGAAUGUUGAGUGAAGCAGAGAGAAGAGAGAUCCCCAAGACUCUCACUCAAAUGUACACACACUUCCUGAUCAUUCAGACAAACAUCAAACAUCAGAAGGACUAUGAGAAGAAAGAUGAAGACAUGAUCUUCAAACUGGGUAAACUGGCUUUUAAGCAGCUUGUGAAAGGCAAUCUGAUCUUCUAUGAUGAAGACCUGAGAGAGUGUGACAUUGAUGUAGCAGAAGCAUCAGUGUACUCAGGAUUGUGUACUCAGAUCUUCAGAGAGGAGUUUGGUUUGUAUCAGGGGAAAGUUUACUGCUUUGUUCAUCUCAGCAUCCAGGAACAUCUAGCAGCUCUUUAUGCUCACAUCUCCUUCACAAACAACAACAGAUAUGUGUUUGAUGAAAAUCAGUUUUCUAAAGUUUUGGGCAAAAUAAAACACAAAUCAUUAAAAGAUAAUUUAUUAAUCAAUUUGCAUCACCGAGCUGUAGAUGAAUCUUUACAGAGUAAGAAUGGACAUCUGGAUCUUUUCCUGCGUUUUCUUCUGGGUCUUUCACUGGAGUCCAAUCAGAUUCUCUUACAGGAUCUACUGACACAGAUGAGAAGAUGCUCCUACAAGAAAGAGAAAACUGUUAAGUACAUUAAAGAGAAGAUGAAUGAGAAUCUGUCUACAGAGAAAUGCAUCAAUCUGAUUCACUGUCUGAAUGAACUGGGUGAUGAUUCACUGCUGCAGGAGAUUCAACAUUAUGUGAAAUCUGAAUCAGUAGGACAGACCAAACUCUCCUCUUCACAGUGGGCAGCUUUAGUUUUUGUGUUGUUGACGUCUGAGCAGCAUUUGGAUGAACUUUAUCUAAAUAAAUUUAUUGGAGAUAAAAAUACAGCAGAUGAAGUUCUUGUGAAACUGCAGCUUGUGAUUAAAGAAACCAAAAAACUCAAGUUGAUGAAGUGUAAUAUCACAGAUGAAGGUUGUGUUGCUCUGACUUCAGCUCUGAGAUCAAACCCAUCACACCUGAGAGAACUGGAUCUGUCUUAUAAUAAUCUCACAGAUUCAGGAGUGAAGCUGAUCUCUGAUGUACUGAAGAAUCCUGACUGUAAACUGAAGAUACUGAAGUUGUGUGAUUGUAAUCUCAAAGAUGAGGGUUGUGUUGCUCUGACUUCAGCUCUGAGAUCAAACCCAUCACACCUGAGAGAACUGAAUCUGUCUUUUAAUAAUCUAAGAGAUUCAGGAGUGAAGUUGAUCUCUGAUGUACUGAAGAAUCCUGACUGUAAACUGGAGAAACUGAAGUUGAGGUGGUGUAAUAUCACAGAUGAAGGUUGUGUUGCUCUGACUUCAGCUCUGAGAUCAAACCCAUCAUCACACCUGAGAGAACUGGAUCUGUCUGUGAAUAAUCUCACAGAUUCAGGAGUGAAGCUGAUCUCUGAUCUAAAAGAUGAUCCACAUUAUAAACUACAGACAGUACGGACUUAUGCACAGAUGUGAGUAAAGAUGUCUGAUCUUCAGUAUGAUCUGAUGGUGAAUAAGAAGACACAAUAGUGACAUCACUUCCUCUUAACCGUAUGAGUUGAUUAUUCAGUACAGGAUCUGAUCUGUGACUUUAUCCAAAUCUGACUUUGAAGUGUUGGAGGUAAAUCUUCAUCCUAACUCAGCUUCUGUCUACACAUUUCCUAUAAGAGUGAUUUAUCAGUCAGUGUAAGAGGAGCAAGAAAUCUCAUAGGAUCAUAAACUGAAGUAAAUACUGAAAAGAUUCCUCUUCUUCUACACUGUUGGGUUUUUAACUUCAUCUUAAACUGAAAUGUGUUCAAGUUCAGCACAACAUUGAAGACUCACAGCUCAUUUAUCUCUAAAUCCAAAUAUUGGACGUCUUUGCUUUUGUGUUCUUCAGGAUCUGACUGCAGGACUUUUUGAUGAUUAUGUGAUCAAUUACAAAAAGUUGAGACACUGAAUGAAAUAAAAUAAAAUCACAAAGUUUAAUAAAAUGAUAAACUUGACAUUUCAGGUUUGGUCUAUCGCUGUUGAUUAUCUGUCAGACGCUUUCUGAACGUCAGAGUCAAACUGCGCCAUCUAGUGGACAAACACAAACUUUAUAAUAAAUUUACAAUAAAACACAACACAUUCUAUGCCUAAUUCAAAAUAAAUGUAAACACAAAACAGUAAAUUCAUACUCAGUGAACAGUACAUUAGGUCAUUAUUAUAAUUUGUACAAUCUUGAGGUAAAAUCCUGGGGCCUCAUUUAUCAACAUUGCGUAGAAAAUGUUCUAUAUUUGUACCUACGAAUGAAAUUUAGUAUGUGCGUAUACAAAAAAAAUCGGGAUUUAUCAAACAUGCGCACGUGGUUCGUAUGCACAUCAGUAAGUAAUCCUUGAUGAUAAAUCCCAUUUGUUCUUAAGCACCAUGCUCGUGCACGUUGAUGGUCAUUUGCAUUCCGAAACGUCUCCAAUUAAACAUAUAUGGUGACAACACCUCCCGUUAUAAGUCA